AGGAGGGACGGGGCUGGACUGGGCAGGGCUGAGCUAGGCAAGGAAGGGCUGUGCUCGUUGCUUGGAACAGAGUGCAGGAGGGAGGCGCGUUCCCGGGAUCCGAGGAGAGGAGCGCGCCGGGGGCACUGAAAUUGCUGCGGCUGCUACCGCGGCCGCCGCUGCUGCAGCUGUGCGUAGAGCAGGGCGCGCACCCGGGCCUCUUCACCUUCUUCCUCCUCCACUGCUUGGGAGCUCCGGGGAAGGCUGCAGGCAGUAGGGGCAGGAGAAGACGCUAGUGCCACAUGCCGCUGCUUUACAGAACCCUGGUGAACACCAUUCCACCUCUUAUUGUGACGCUCCUUGUUCGAUUAAUUACUGAAAGCAGUAAAAAAUGGCCAGAGGAUCCGUAUCCGAGGAAGAAAUGGCAGACCUCAGAGAAGCUUUCUCUAAAGUUGAUACAGAUGGCAAUGGGUACAUCUGUUGCAAUGAACUGAAUGACUUGUUCAAGGCAGCUUGCUUGCCCUUGCCUGGGUACAGAAUAAGGGAAAUCACAGAGAACCUGAUGGCAACUGGAGAUCUAAACCAUGAUGGCCGGAUAAGCUUUGAUGAGUUUAUCUCAGUGUUUCAUGGGUUAAAAAGCACAGAAGUUGCCAAGACCUUCAGAAAAGCCAUUAAUAAGAAAGAAGGAAUUUGUGCUAUUGGUGGUACCUCAGAACAAUCCAGUGUUGGAACGCAGCAUUCCUAUUCAGAGGAAGAAAAAUACGCCUUUGUUAACUGGAUAAACAAAGCUCUGGAAAAUGAUCCUGAUUGUAAGCAUGCUCCUAUGGAUCCAAACACAGAUGACCUAUUUACCGCUGUUGGAGGAUGGCAUCGUCUAUGUAAAAUGAUCAACCUAUCAGUGCCAGAUACAAUUGAUGAAAGAACAAUUAACAAAAAGAAACUUACUCCAUUCACCAUCCAGGAGAAUUUGAACCUGGCUCUGAACUCUGCUUCAGCCAUUGGGUGCCAUGUGGUUAACAUAGGAGCUGAGGACUUAAAAGAAGGGAAACCUUAUCUGGUCUUGGGCCUUUUGUGGCAAGUCAUCAAAAUUGGAUUGUUUGCCGACAUUGAACUCAGCAGAAAUGAAGCUCUGAUUGCCCUUUUGAGGGAAGGUGAGAGUCUGGAGGACUUGAUGAAACUUUCCCCUGAGGAGCUAUUGCUGAGAUGGGCAAAUUAUCACUUGGAAAACUCUGGCUGCAAUAAAAUCACCAACUUCAGCAACGACAUUAAGGACUCCAAAGCUUAUUACCACCUGCUUGAACAGGUGGCUCCAAAGGGAGAUGAGGAAGGUAUUCCGGCUAUUACAAUUGACAUGUCAGGAAUAAGGGAGAAGGAUGACAUCCAGAGGGCAGAGUGUAUGUUGCAACAAGCAGAAAGACUUGGAUGCCGGCAAUUUGUCACCGCCACAGACGUUGUCCGUGGGAACCCCAAGUUGAACUUGGCUUUCAUUGCCAAUCUCUUUAACAGAUACCCUGCCUUACAUAAACCAGAGAACCAAGACAUUGAUUGGGGGUCUCUUGAAGGUGAGACGAGGGAAGAGCGUACAUUUAGGAACUGGAUGAAUUCCUUGGGUGUGAAUCCUCGGGUCAAUCAUUUAUACAGUGAUUUGUCAGAUGCCCUGGUCAUCUUCCAGCUCUAUGAAAAGAUUAAAGUACCUGUCGACUGGAAUCGAGUGAACAAGCCACCAUACCCUAAACUGGGGGGUAAUAUGAAGAAGCUUGAGAACUGUAACUAUGCUGUAGAACUGGGGAAGAACCAAGCCAAGUUUUCUCUUGUUGGCAUUGCUGGACAGGAUCUCAAUGAAGGAAACCGCACGUUGACGCUUGCCUUAAUUUGGCAGUUAAUGAGAAGGUACACACUGAGUAUCCUAGAAGAUAUUGGAGGAGGACAGAAAGUCAAUGAUGAGAUUAUUGUGAAUUGGGUGAAUGAAACAUUGAAAGAAGCUGAGAAGAGCUCAUCUAUCAGUAGUUUCAAGGACCCUAAGAUCAGCACAAGUAUGCCUGUUCUGGAUCUCAUUGAUGCCAUUCAACCAGGCUCCAUUAAGUAUGAUCUUUUGAAAACAGAGAAUCUAGAUGAUGAAGAAAAGCUCAAUAAUGCCAAGUAUGCCAUUUCAAUGGCCCGAAAAAUUGGUGCAAGAGUAUAUGCUCUUCCAGAAGACCUAGUUGAAGUGAAACCUAAAAUGGUCAUGACAGUUUUUGCAUGCCUCAUGGGAAAAGGGAUGAAGAAGGUAUAAGGCCAAGCAGGGUUGGACUUAGAGGCUAAGUCACUCAGUUUUGACUGCCUUGACACUGGAUGCCCUUUUCAAGACCCAAGAAGCAUGUGGAUUGGCUGUGCCAUUCCAAAGUUUUAAGAGAUGUAACAUUAAAACAGGGUUCUAAGCAGCAUUUAGCCAAAUAACCUAUCCCAUGUUUUAACAGAGAUAUGCUUCAUUUCUUUGCAAAAGAAACAAAAAACUCCAAACCUCAUGCAAAUAAUUUAUACCCUUGAUUUCUUUGAAAAUCCAGAAUUUUUUUUUCCUAGAAGUCCUCCCCCACAACCUCCACUUUACAUAACAUAAAGGCUAUAGUCUUUCAAGUUCAUUUAUGUAGAUUUUUAAAGACAACAAAGUAAUGGGGGAAGAAGAAAGAGCAGUAAUUUUUAAGACCAUUAGUAGACAUCUACCCCUUGUCCAUGCAAAGCCUUUGGUCUCUGUGAGGUUCCCUUGGUUUGAUGCUCUUUGCUAGUGCCACCUCUUUCUGACAUCCCCUCAAUCCUCAUUCCCUGCUUCUAACCUGCAGUCUCCUCUUUCAACAGCAUCACCCUGUUUCUUUUCUCUUCCCCUCCACUGGCCACGGCCUUUCUAUAGUUUGCUACUGCUAAGCAUCCUUACCAGUAAUUUCAGGCAUCCUUUGAGGGUGGGUUGGGGUUCUCCCACCCAGCAGAGUUGAGCCUAAAUUAUUAAUCACUGAUCUAACACCCCCAGGGCCUGGCCUUGCUUCAUUCCCUAGCCUCCUGGGGAUCCAAAGGUCCAAGCUUUUUGUUCUUCAGCUAUCUAUUUUUAUCCACAUAAUGUUUAGGGUUAAGACAAGGCCAAGCCUAGAAACCUAGACACAAAAUCCAGAGUUCAAAUCUUUCCUUUGGCCAAGAUUUGAAUGUAGAGAGGUUGAAAUGGAGUGGGGGCACCCCAGGCCUCAUGGAGGUGUUUCCUUGCAUAUGUUCCUUGAAGUUGUUUAACUCUCUAUAAUUUUAACUAUGUGAAUUAACAAUCAGAGCUGUACAGUUGAGAAAUGCCUCUGCUUCUAGCAAUAUUGGGAGCAGCCAAACUACUAUAGUGUAGUUUGCUCUCAGAAUUCUAGUAUUUUACUUGUUAGAUAGAUCACGUCAUUAACAUUGUUUACUUUCAUGAAACUUUAGAGUCCUUAUGCAUCCUAUGGAGUUCAGUGCCAAUAAAUUAUCCAUCCUAUCCAAGUCAGAUAACCAGUUGAAUAGAUAUUUACAUAAUUAUAAACAAAAGCCCUGUGGAUUUGAAUGGCUAUACUUAAGAAAAUCUCAAGAAACAAACUUAAAGGCCUCAAAGAAGCACACCUGUCCUUACUAAAACCAGGCCACCUCCUAAUUGCUUUGAAAAGGUCUGCUGACAGAGGUGUCUUAUUUAAAGAUAUCACUUAAUGGACCUUAGCCAUUUUUUAAAGCAGUAGAAGUACUUCAUCCUCUUUUGGUUCACUGAGAGGUACCCCUUAUAUUGAUCCACCAAUCAAUGUUUCUACUGUAUCUGUAUGCACAGGCUUGAAUUUGCCUUAGUCUAAUCUAUACUCAUCCUAUAGCCUUAUCUGUCUCGCUAACCUCCUUACAGUGAGGAGGAAUGUAAUUGCCUUAAUGAAAAAUAAAGAAAAUGCUAGAAAUCUGUCUAAAUAAAGCAUUCUCUAAAAUGCC